AUGAAGCAGAAAUUUGCGAUGAAUUAUUUGGGGUUAAUGAAUUAUUUCUUGAGGAUUGAAGUAGAUCAAAAACAAGGACAUGUUUUCAUUUGUCAGCAAAGGCGAAGCAAACAUAUUGCUAUCAAAUCUGAUGCUCUAACGGAAGCUGCUCACAAGAAAAUUGUUGCUACUGAUUUCUGUUCAAGUGAAGAUCAACAUUGUUUCACCAAAGGUCUGCUGAAGUAUAAGUUUGUUGAUAUGCGAGCUAGACUCGGAGUGGCUCAAGCCUUGUGCAAGAUUGUGAGUGAAAUUUCUACAAUUAGGAUAAUCAGGAUUCUGACCUCCUCUUAUUCAACCGAAUCUGCAGAUGGACUAACAUUUAUUAUGGCACCCAAUAGUAAUCCCUCGCCAGCUGACAGCUUUGGUUCCUAUCUUGGAAUAAUGGAUCCAGCACAAGAUGGUCGCGUUGCUGAUCAAUUAGCGGUGGAAUUUGACACUUACAAGAAUACAUUUGAUUUGGAUGGCAAUCAUGUAUCGAUUGACACAAAAAGUGUAUUACACCCAAUUUAUGUUAGGAGUCUCAAUGAGACCGGAAUUGACCUAAAAAGUGGAAAAGACAUCAAGGUCUCAAUAAUAUUGGAUGGCAGAGCAAAUUCAAUUACAAUGUACGUUGGAUAUGCAUCAGAACUAAGACGUGAGCUUUUUCUUGACGUGCCUAUUGACAUCCCACAUACCCUACCAAGCUUCAUCUAUGUGGGAUUCACAGCUUCAACAGGGUAUCUCACUGAAAGCCAUCAGAUUCUCAGCUGGAGCUUAUCAUCAUAUCCAAUACCCAAGAAAUGA